CGGGCGAUGAUCCCCGCCAACGCCUCAGCCAGGAAGGGGCCCGAGGGCAAGUACCCGCUGCACUACCUCGUGUGGCACAACCGCCACCGCGAGCUGGAGAAGGAGGUCCGCGCCGGCCAGGUGGACAUUGAGCAGCUGGACCCCCGGGGCCGGACUCCCCUGCACCUGGCCACCACAUUGGGACACCUCGAGUGUGCCCGUGUGCUCCUGGCACACGGCGCGGACGUGGGCAGGGAGAAUCGCAGUGGCUGGACUGUGCUGCAGGAGGCCGUGAGCACCCGGGACCUGGAGCUGGUGCAGCUGGUGCUGCGGUACAGGGACUACCAGCGGGUGGUGAAGCGGCUGGCAGGAAUUCCCGUGCUCCUGGAGAAGCUGCGCAAGGCCCAGGACUUCUACGUGGAGAUGAAGUGGGAGUUCACCAGUUGGGUGCCCCUGGUGUCCAAGAUCUGCCCAAGCGACACCUACAAAGUAUGGAAGAGCGGGCAGAACUUGAGGGUAGACACUACCCUCCUGGGCUUUGACCACAUGACCUGGCAGCGAGGGAACCGCAGCUUCGUCUUCAGGGGCCAAGAUUCGAGUGCUGUGGUCAUGGAGAUUGACCAUGACCGCCGGGUGGUAUACACAGAGACUCUGGCACUGGCCGGGCAGGACCGGGAGCUGCUGCUGGCGGCCUCCCAGCCCACCGAGGAGCAGGUGUUGAGCCGGCUCACUGCACCUGUAGUCACCACACAGCUUGACACUAAGAACAUUUCCUUUGAGAGGAACAAGACGGGCAUCCUGGGCUGGCGCAGUGAGAAAACCGAGAUGGUGAACGGGUAUGAAGCCAAGGUGUACGGGGCAUCCAACGUGGAGCUCAUCACUCGCACUCGGACAGAGCAUCUUUCAGAACAGCACAAGGGCAAGGUCAAAGGCUGCAAGACACCUCUACAGUCCUUUCUGGGAAUUGCUGAGCAGCAUGGAGGUCCCCAGAAUGGAACCCUGAUCACUCAGACUCUGAGCCAAGCCAACCCCACUGCCAUCACCGCGGAAGAAUACUUCAACCCCAACUUUGAGCUUGGCAACCGUGACAUGGGCCGCCCCAUGGAACUGACCACCAAGACACAGAAGUUCAAGGCCAAGCUGUGGCUGUGUGAGGAGCAUCCCCUGUCCCUGUGUGAGCAGGUGGCCCCCAUCAUCGACCUCAUGGCCGUCAGCAACGCGCUUUUCGCCAAGCUCCGGGAUUUCAUCACGCUCCGCCUGCCCCCCGGCUUCCCUGUCAAGAUUGAAAUCCCGAUCUUCCACAUCCUCAAUGCUCGCAUCACCUUCGGGAAUCUCAAUGGCUGCGACGAGCCCGUGCCCUCGGUGCGAGGCAGCCCCAGCAGCGAGACGCCCUCCCCCGGCAGCGACUCCUCCAGCGUCAGCAGCUCCAGCUCCAGCACCUCGUGUCGCGGCUGUGAGAUCUCCCCCGCGCUGUUCGAGGCCCCACGCGGCUACAGCGUGCUGGGCGGCCAGCGGGAGGCGGCACCCCGCGACGAAGACGACGACCUGCUACAGUUUGCCAUCCAGCAGAGCCUGCUAGAGGCGGGCAGUGAGUACGAUCAGGUCACCAUCUGGGAGGCGCUGACGAACAGCAAGCCCGGCACCCACCCCAUGUCCUACGAGGGCCGCCGACAGGACAGAGGCCCCUCAGGCCGCGGCUGCUCUUGCGGGGGGCGGCGCGCGGCAGCUCCCCGACGGACGCGGCUCCCUCGCCCGCAGGAGCGCCCCGCCCACGCCGCAGCGUCAGCCCGCGCCCUCGGCCGCGGCGUCGGGGCCCAGCCCUCGGCCCAGCCCCGGCCCGCGCGCGCACGUGUUCCGGAGCUACGACGAGCAGCUGCGGCUGGCGAUGGAGCUGUCGGCGCAGGAGCAGGAGGAGCGGCGGCGGCGUGCGCGCCAGGAGGAAGAGGAGCUGGAGCGCAUCCUGAGGCUCUCGCUGACCGAGCAGUAGCGCCCCUUGCCGCGACCCUCGCGCCCACCCACCUCCCGCGGAGACACUCCCGGGCCGCGCACCUGCAGGGCGGUCGGCUGGAGACGAGCCACGGCCUCGAGGCGGAGCUGCGCGCCGGGCCGAGACCAGGACAGGCUAGCGUGGGCGCGGGCUGACUUCCCAGGCCAGGGCCCUGGAGGCAGCAGUCACCUGGCUUUGUUGUACCUUGACUCCUAAGCGGCUCCCCGGGGCUCGGAUCUGCCUGAGCGAGGAGCCAGGCAGGCCCAACGGGGAGACGAAGCCUUUGAGGAGCCUUGUCCCGUUCCCUUGCUCCUUUCUGCUCACCGACCCAACUCCAGGACACUGCCCCUGAAGCCUUUGCAUCACUGUCCUUCCCACCCCACCCCCCUCCCUGGGAGGCAGCUGAGUUCCCCGCGUGCUGUCGCUGCUUUGUCCCAGACACAAACCAGCACGUCUAGGGUCAGCCCCUCCCCCCACCCCGGCAUUUCAGCGUCAAGUGCACUUAGCGGGGUGCCCGGCUCCUCCAGCCCCCACACCCGUCCUGGGUCUCAGGGUGGUCCCAGCUUCUCCUUGGGCAGCCAGAAGUUGGAGUGCUCAUCGCCAAGGCACGUUAUUUUUGUUGUUUUGUUUUUUUUCCUUUGUGACACAGGGAGCUUGUCCAAGGCAGCCCUCCUGGCCUGGGUAAGGCCUGACUCCCUUAUGGUGCCUUGGAGAGUGGGGGGGAGGGAAGCACCUGGAGCUGGGGGCAAGCACUAGAUCCGACACUAGACUGAAUGCAAAGGGGUCGCCCAGGGCCCUGGCACCACCAUCUACCCCUUCCCACCAGCUGCUGCUAGCCCUCUGUGGUUGUGUGUCCCACCUGCCCCCACCAGGGGCCCGUCUAAAGCCCUUCAUCCAAUGGUGCUAACCCCAGGCUCUUCCCUUGCCCCACCUCACUAACUCCCCAGCCCCCAGAGAAGCACAGACCCCGCGGGGGGCAGGGGCCACUGCACACCCUCAUCCAGGGCCUCUUGGACUGGCCUUCCCGGCUCAGCCACCGAGGCUUGGAGAGGACACAACAGAAGGGGACCGAAGAAAAGAAUGACAAAGAGAAGCUGUUCUUCCCACCCCUCUCCCUGAUGCCAGGGGCACCAGACUGAUUGUGAGGCACAAAUAAAAGAGGCUUCAAAUGGG